AGUUUAGUCAGAAUCCCCGAACACGAUCACAGAAGAAGAGCAAAGCUGGGUGAACCGAACCGAAGGGGAAUCGAAAAUGGAAAAGGCAAAGCAAUUUCUGCAACCGAGCCAAGAAGACUCGGAAAUCAUCUCGCGACUCGCCAUUCCUACCCACCGACCCGGCGCUGAGUCGAACUUCUACGACGAUUUUUCCCUCAAAGGCAUCCGAGUCGACCGAGUCGAACCAGGUCUAGUUGUUUGUACCUUCAAGGUCCCUCCUCGCCUUACCCAGGAUAGGAAUGGAAAAUUAGCUACAGGCGCAAUUGCAAAUCUGGUUGAUGAAGUCGGCGGUGCAGUAGUUCAUACUGAGGGUCUACCCAUGAAUGUAUCAGUGGAUAUGUCCAUUUCAUUUUUAUCUACGGCCAUGGUUGGUGAUGAAUUGGAGAUUACAUCAAGGGUUUUAGGACAAAAAGGAGGCUAUUCUGGAACUGUAGUGCUAUUAAAGAACAAAGUAACUGGAGAGCUAAUUGCUGAAGGUCGACAUUCAUUGUUUGGAAAACAUGCUAGCAAGCUCUGAUUUCAUCCAUUUCCAGUCUCAAAUGUAUAAAUAAACAUGCAACAAAUACAUGAAAACAAAAGAAAGUCCGUAACUAUUAGGGCUGAUGAUGUAUUUUGAUUCGAUAGGUGUUCCAUCUUAUAGUGGUGUACUUGGAUUAAACAAAGAUUUUGGGUUUUAUUUUCUUUUGUUGUACAAAUUCUAUUUUAUGAUUAUCUGAUUGAACAGUAAACAGAUCUUUUCGAACUCA